UGAUCACGAAAGCGUGGACUUUACCGCCAUCUACCUUGUCAGCGCGCUCGUUGUUACACACGACUCCGACGAAGUCGUUGCACCGCGAUGGCGGGCGUGUCAGAGCUCGAAAUAAACGAUGAUCAUCCGCUCGCGCUCGAGUUAUCCAGUCUCCGAGCAGCAGUCUCGCGUUUCCAGCAUGAAGCCCAUAGUUCGGCCCUCAAGCUGCAGCGGCAUUCGCUCGACUCUACCUUCGCGCUAGAACGCUGUCAGUCCCUCGAACGCGAGAAUCAUGCCCUCCGGGAAGAACUCGCAGCUCUUCAUACCCACCCAGACAUCUCUCCUCACCCCGCCUCACUCCAAGUCCCCGAACUGACCCUUGCCCUCCGUCGUCUAUCCGACAAACUCACUCUCACGGAAGAAACUCUCCUGGGACGUACGACUGAACUCGCCAACGCUCUUAGCGAGUUAGGAAAGGCGAAACAUGAGGUCGAGGGAGCGUAUGAGCUCGCUGCAAGGACGAGAGCGAGGGAGGAGGAUGGGAAGGUGCAGAGGAGGGAUUUGGAAAGGAGGUUGAGGAGUGCAGAGGAAGAGAGGAAGAUGACGGACAAUGUGGUUAGAGAGUACGCGGAUCUGGUGAGGACGCUCGAAGGGAGGAAGUCGGCCACUUCUUCAAAUACGUCGUCCUCGUCCAGCAUGAUCAACGGGACCGAAAGUUCGAAGGGCUUGGUCGACGGCCUGAAAGAUGGAAGGACGGGAUUGCAGAAGUUGUUGGAAGAGUUUAACGAGGAGACGGAGAAGUUUGAGAAAGAGAUCGAGAGACUGCAUUCGGAGUUGGAGAUAUCGGAGGCGAAGCAUGACGCGGAGAGCAAAGCUGGAGAGCGGGAUCGUAUUGAACUCGCUCACGCCAGGGCUGAGCUAGCGAAACUACAGGCCGAUGACAACGCCGCUGCUAAGAUGGUCUCGAGAUAUAUGCGCUUCUCACAGUCAACAACCGACACUCUCCAACAAUCCAUCGAAAACCUCAAAGCCCGCCACACCGCCUCAACCGCUACCCUCAAUCUCGAGCUGUCAAAUCUUCAAUCUACCCUUAGAUCCGAGCGGAAACACUCCGAGCGAUUAAGAACAGCCCUUGACGAACUUACGGAACAACUUGCCAGAGAGGCGUACGGGAGAAGACGAGAGAUCGCGUUGAGGUUAGCGGUUGUUGGGAGGGAAGACGCGUUGGCUGAGGCACUGAAGAGGUGGAUCAGGAGAGCGAGGGAAACUACUGCAAGGUCUUCGCUGGAGCCGUUACAGUGGGAAGGAGACGAGGAAGGGCCGAUUGUUUUCGGUGAAACAGACGUUCAGCAGAUGAGGCAGGGCUUCGAUGCGGUCAUUGAGGACGCAGGCGACUUGUUGGCUCUGGUUAACGGCAGCAACAGACAAGAAGGCGUGGAUUCGGGCCUUGGAAGUCUGGCCAGAAUUUUGGCCGCUCAGGAUGCGGUCAAAACGCUCGUUGAGGAAUUGCAGAUGGAGACGGAGAAGCGGAUGAAGUUGGAGAGAAAUCUGGCUAGGACAGAGUUCGAUGAACGGGGAAAUGCUGUCAACACACUCGGGAACGGGGUGCUCAAGGUUCAGCGCGACAGCAAUGGUCACGAAGCGCCACCUCCCUCAGCUAUCGAUUCUCCUGUCGUUCAGCAGAAUGGUUCGACAAGCACUCAUCAUAAUACCGAACCCCCUUCUCCUGCCCUUCCCCUCACAGCAGCGUUGGAUUCUCCUUCAGUCGUUCUCCUUCAACCUUCACCGCGACUCGCAGAUGACUACUCUAGACCUCCCUCGUUGCCGCGCUCGCCUACAGCCGCAUCCUCCCUCCCAGAUUUUGCCAAGGUGUCUUUCCCGUCAACUUCUUCGUCGCACACAACGGCAAAUAAUUCGCCGGUCAAACUGUCCAUUACCGAGACCCUUCCGCCCGUCGAUUCCCAUCCAGAAACAACCUCACCAUAUGAGGAACACAAUGAUACCCAAGGUCCUACCUCGGAGCCUCAGGCUCCAUCUUCACCACCAUCACCUCUACCUGCGCCUCCUACACCACCACCCCCACCACCAGCACAUCCUCUCCUGAAUGACUUAACGAAAGUGAAGAACCGGUACGACCAAAUUCAACGCUCCUUCCGAGAUUGUCACCUCGCCCUUCUCGAUCUCAAGAACACGCUAUCCACCCUCCCUGCUCAAUCAUCCCCCACCAUCGCAUCAGCUCAAGCACAGGCGCAGCAAGCAUCACUCUUGCAAACCGCAGUUUCUCGCUUGGAUGACUACAACGAAGAUGCCCGAGUUGAGCUCGAGAUCCGUAUCGCAGAUGAGGAACGAAUAACGAGAGGUUAUGUUACGCUGCUCUCGAUACCCGGGGCUAUCACGAACGAGAAGGAGAGGGAGGAGGUUGAGAAAGCGGUUAAGGUGUUUGUUGGAGCUUUGAGCGGUGAUGGCGGUGACACCGAAGAGGUGGAGGAGGAAGAUGCUGUCAAGAGGGCGAAGAAGAUUUUCGAGCGGAAAUUGGGAGAUUUGGAACAUGACAUUGCAUGUGUGAAGAGGGCGGUGCAUGGACUCGUUGAGAGCAGCGACGCCUCUCCAUCUCCAGAUUCAGAGUCGGUGGGUGGGGGGCAAGGACAAUCUUGGGGUCAAUUGGCCGCUGGUUUCUUCGCGCCUUCGAGGUCUUCAAGUCCCGCGCCUGCACCGCCGACGUUUGGAUCCGUCAUGACCUCACCGCGUCUUCGUCGUGCGCCUUCUUCAGGACUUAUGCAUUCUCAAGCUCAAGCUCAAGCUCACGCCCAUACUUUCCCGACUAGUCAUGUACACAACCGUACACCAUCGGAUGAGACUCAGGCAAAUCCGUUCGCUGCAUUGGACCUUCGGAUUCCCAUGCCGGCGUGGAACCCAAGCAUCCCUAGUCCUGGCUCACCUCGCAAUGGCGGCUUCGGUAGCGUAGCUGGAGGUAGCGGCGGUCCCGGGGUGAGGCAGAGGACCACGUCGGGGAUGUACAUGCUCGGACUGGGUAUGAGAAACUCGUCUAUCGCAGGUACCGGUCCUGGAUCAUCUUCUUCGAGUCUCGGGCAUGGCCAUCCGAUGACGAAAGGGAGGUCGGGGUCGUUAGUUUCUGGCGUAAGACCUGGAGGUGCAGGGGGGCGGCCGAAUGUGGGGAGAAGUGUGAGUGGAGUUAAUGUUGGGAAGAAGACGCCGGAGGUGGAGGAGAGGGAGGGAGCUGAGAGUGGGAGUGAGGGUGGGUCGUCGUCGGAUGUUGAGUAGUCUUGUUUUGAAUGUUUGAAUCCAUAUAUUGUUAUUAUAGUCCCGUUUUAUUUACCUCCGCUGUCUAUUCUUCCUAGUGGUCCCACUUCUACCUGUCUGUCUAUUUUGCUCAUAGCUAUCGUACAUCAGUAUAUUUUCUCUUGAUUUUCGCCACGUAGUGGACAAUUAUUUACAAUAUCGG